CUGGCGGCUUGCAGCACUCACUUCAGAGCCCUGUUCACCGUCGCCCAGGGAGACGCCAGCAUGAACAUGAUACAACUGGACAGCGAGGUGGUGACAGCGGAGGCGUUUGCUGCCCUGGUGGACAUGAUGUACACCUCCACCCUGAUGCUAGGCGAGAGCAACGUGAUGGACGUGCUGCUAGCUGCCUCUCACCUCCACCUGAACGCCGUAGUCAAGGCCUGUAAGCACUACCUGACCACCCGCACCAUGCCCAUGUCCCCGCCGGCAGACCACCGGGCCACACAACACCGCCAGCACCAACACACCCACGCAGAACAGCAGAGACUUAGGCAGCAGCAGGCAGCCGCCGAGUUAGCCGCUAACGCUAACCUAGCGGCUAAUGCUAACCUAGCSGCUAACGCUAACCUAGAGGCUAACGCUAACCUAGCGGCUAACGCUGCUACGUCCAGGCUCCAGCGGUCGUUCCUGUUGCAGCAGCUGGGUCUAAGCCUGGUGAGCUCUGCCCUGGGCGGAGUGGAGGAGGAUGGGGCCAGGGGUGGUAGCGACGGUGUUAGCGUUAGCGGUGUAGUGGAGCAGAAAGCUUCCUUCCCCAUUCGACGUUUCCACAAGAGAAAGCCCUCCCUGAGCUUUAGCCUAUCUGAGGACAGGCCCAGGCAGAGGCCCCGCCCCUCCGGACCCCACGGGGAUGAGGAAGCGGGAAUACUCUCCCCCGACUCACACAAGACGGGGGAGGAGGCCAGACUGGACGAGCCGAUCACCGGCCUAGUAGGGGUCGUGUCCCAGGAUGACUCCCAGAUGCCCAGCCAAUCGGACAGCGGACGCUGCGAAGGGGAGGAGCAAGGGAUGGCGGAGGAGGGGGGUGUGGGGAAGGAGUCCCUGGAUGGAGGGAGUCACCAUGGUGAUGGGGUGGAGGUGAAGAUAACUGAGGAAGAGGAGGAGGAGGAAGUACGGGAGCAGCAGGGACAGGUGGUGGUCAAGUGUGAGCCUCUGAGCUCCCCAGAGCCAGCAAAUGACAUCACCAUCCAGGGUAGCGACCAGCUGGGACCUGGAGGAGGUAGAGGAAGAGGAGGAGGAGGAGGAGAGGAGGAGAAGGUAGAACUGAGCCCACAGAGCAGCGACCGUAGUCUCUCCUCCUCUGACCAACAGCCUCUCCGGCCCAGCUCCCAGCUCCUGCUGAAAGGAGGUCUUGGUGGGGGGAGUGGAGGUGGUUUUGGCUGUAGUAYCCAUCUCGAUGGGAAGUCUGGUUUUAGGAUUUCUAGCUUCCUCGGCGCCAAUGUCUUUGGAAGCGGAGGGGCGGGGGUCGAUGCCGGGGACGACGACCUCACCACGACAACCGGCGAGGCGAUGGCAGCAGCACAUCGUUUCCUGCUGAGCCCGGAACACUCUGGGACCAAUAACUCCGCCUCGAUGCUCCGUCCCGGGUCGGCCAACCACCUCCACCUGCUGGGUGGCGACGGUCUCGGGGGAUUCUCUACAGACGCCGAUUCGCUCUUCCUGCGUCCCCUGCAUGACGGGCUGGGAAACCCCAGAGGAGGAGGGGGGUUUCCAGACCCGUUUUCUCUGGACUUCCAGCGCUCCAGCCUGGGCCUGCACUCCCUGGCCCGUGCCUCUAGAGGGGGCUCCCUGGGCUUUCCUGGAUACCGCCGCAUCGCACCUAAAAACGACCACACGGGAGGAGGAGAAACGGGGGUCAUUCUCCAAGACGCCCUGUCUUCCUCCAGUCUGGGGGAAGGGGGACCCUUGCUUCUGAACGGAUCGGGGGGGUACGAGUCAGGCCCCCCCACCUCCUCCUCCUCCUCCUCCGCCCCCCACCCCCAGCUGACCCGGGCCUCUGCGGACGUCCUCUCCAAGUGUAAGAAGGCCCUGUCUGAACACAACGUCCUGGUGGUAGAAGGAGCCAGGAAGUACGCCUGUAGAAUCUGCUGUAAGACAUUCCUCACCCUYACCGACUGUAAGAAACACAUCAGAGUGCACACCGGGGAGAAACCUUACGCCUGCCUCAAGUGUGGCAAACGUUUCAGCCAGUCGUCCCACCUGUACAAACACUCCAAGACAACGUGUCUGCGGUGGCAGAACAGCAACAUGGCCAACACACUGAUGAUAGGCUUGGGUAGCUGAUAGAUGUGAUCACUGUAGAGGGGGGGAAGUGAACGGUAUCCCAGACUUUAAUAAACCUUUUAUACCAUCGUUGUGCCAUACCGGAGCUAUCGGUAUUACCG